AGCCGCCGUUUCCUCCCGCUUUCGCGCUCUGCUUGGCCGGGAAGCCCCGCCCAGGCUCAGCUGGCCCUCUGAUUGGCUUCUUUGAAAGUCUACGAGCUGUCUGAUUGGUGGAACUGAGUUCCUAUAGCGCGGAUCUACCAUACCAUCAACAAUGGAGGACUACACCAAAAUUGAGAAAAUUGGAGAGGGUACCUAUGGAGUUGUUUAUAAGGGCAGACACAAAACCACAGGUCAAGUGGUAGCUAUGAAGAAAAUCAGACUAGAAAGUGAAGAGGAAGGGGUUCCUAGCACUGCAAUUCGGGAAAUUUCUUUACUAAAAGAACUUCGCCAUCCAAAUAUAGUCAGCCUCCAGGAUGUGCUUAUGCAGGAUUCCAGGUUGUAUCUCAUCUUUGAAUUCCUUUCCAUGGAUCUUAAGAAAUACUUGGACUCAAUUCCUCCUGGUCAGUUUAUGGAUUCCUCACUUGUUAAGAGUUACUUGUACCAGAUCCUACAGGGGAUUGUGUUUUGUCACUCUAGAAGAGUUCUUCAUAGAGACUUAAAACCUCAAAACCUACUGAUUGAUGACAAGGGAACUAUUAAGCUGGCCGAUUUUGGCCUUGCCAGGGCUUUUGGAAUACCUAUAAGAGUGUAUACACAUGAGGUAGUAACACUCUGGUAUAGAUCUCCAGAAGUACUGCUGGGGUCAGCUCGGUAUUCAACUCCAGUUGACAUUUGGAGUAUAGGCACCAUAUUUGCAGAGUUGGCAACCAAGAAACCACUUUUCCAUGGAGAUUCAGAAAUUGAUCAGCUCUUCAGGAUUUUCAGAGCCUUGGGCACUCCCAAUAAUGAAGUGUGGCCGGAAGUGGAAUCUUUACAGGACUACAAGAAUACAUUUCCAAAGUGGAAACCAGGAAGCUUGGCAUCCCACGUCAAGAAUUUGGAUGAAAACGGCUUGGAUUUGCUCUCGAAAAUGUUAGUCUACGAUCCUGCCAAACGGAUUUCUGGCAAAAUGGCAUUAAAUCAUCCAUAUUUUCAUGAUGUGGAAAAUCAAAUUAAGAAGAUUUAGCUCCCCGACAAGUUUCCACAUAUUCUAUCAAGAAUGAAUAGUUAUGUUUUUACUGUUAACUCUGUUUUUGUCUUAUAUAUGUUUCUUUGUUGUAAAACUUGAGCUGUUCUUUACUUCUAAUUUCAAAACUGUAACUUAAAAAUGUAAAUAUUGUUCUAUAUGAAUUUAAAUAUAAAGCUGUAAAUGUGUGUAGAUCUCACUGUAACAAUGAUUUGUUACUAUAAUAAAGCUAUAAAUCCAGUGUUGUUAGGAAUCAGGGAGAAUUUGAGGUAGCUUGCAGCGUUUCGAUCCUUAGAACAGGUUUGUUGUAGUUAGAACUAUUAAAAUUUAGGAAAGUG